AUGUCUGAAAAGAAAAAUAUGCCGCUUACUGGUGUCGUUACAAUUAUUGUUUUUGGUGCCUCCGGAGACCUUGCCAAAAAGAAGACUUUUCCCGCAUUAUUCGGUCUUUAUCGAAAUGGUUUCUUGCCUGAAGGGACUCAUGUCAUUGGUUACUCCAGGUCGAAGAUGGAUUUGCAAGAAUUUCGCACGCGCAUUUCUGGAUACAUAAAAGCUCCAAUCGCUGAGAUCAAAGAACAAUUAUCGAAAUUUUUAGAGAUUUGCACAUAUAUUUCUGGUCAAUAUGAUGAUGAUGAUUCCUAUCGAGCCUUGAAUAAAUCUAUCGAAGAGGUUGAGAGUUUGUCGAACUUGGAAGUGCGAAAUCGAGUUUUUUACAUGGCAUUGCCUCCUAGUGUUUUCGUACCUGUAGCGAGUGGCAUUAAAAAUUUUGUAUAUUCCACGAGGGGUGAAAAUCGACUAAUCGUCGAGAAACCCUUUGGCAAAGAUUUGGACAGUUCUCGUGAAUUAGGCAAGGCAUUAGAACCAUUAUGGAAAGAAGAGGAGACCUACCGCAUCGAUCAUUAUCUUGGGAAAGAGAUGGUGAAGAAUCUUUUAAUCAUCCGUUUUGCCAACGUCUUUUUUGGAGCAAUCUGGAAUCGUCAAAGUAUUUCCAACGUACAGAUUACGUUUAAGGAAACUUUUGGUACCGAAGGACGCGGUGGAUACUUUGACGAGUUUGGUAUCAUUCGCGAUGUCAUGCAAAACCGUGAGUAUGCAGUCUUACACAAACUCCCAGAUAAGUGUGUUUUGACACGGUCUCAUUCACUAGAUCUCCUACAAAUUUUGAGUAUUGUUGCCAUGGAACGACCCGUGUCUUUAAGUGCGGAAGAUGUUCGUGAUGAGAAGGUUCGUGUUUUGCGCUGUAUUCCACCGGUGAAAUUGGAUGACGUCCUUCUCGGGCAGUAUACCAAGUCGGAAGACGAAGACGGCGUCAAACCUGGAUAUUUAGAUGAUAGUACUGUACCUCCCGAUAGUAAUUGUCCUACUUAUGCGGCAGCAACCUUGUUUAUAAACAAUGAUCGUUGGGAAGGUGUUCCCUUCAUUCUCAAAUGCGGAAAGGCCCUCAAUGAGCAAAAGACGGAAGUUCGCGUGCAAUUCCAAGAUGUGCCUGGCAAUGUAUUUAAGAAUGCUCCUCGUAAUGAGUUGGUCAUUCGUGUACAACCUGGCGAAGCUGUUUAUAUGAAGAUGACCAACAAGCUACCAGGCCUUUCAAUGGAAACGGUUAUUUCAGAAUUAGAUCUUACCUAUCAUCGACGAUUUUCGGAUUUCAAAAUUCCUGAUGCGUAUGAGGCCUUGAUUCUUGAUGUGUUAAAAGGCGAUCACUCCAAUUUCGUAAGAAACGAUGAGUUAGAUGCAGCCUGGAAAAUUUUUACACCGAUCCUACAUCAAAUUGAUCAAGAAAAAAUAAAACCCGCGCCCUAUCCUUAUGGAUCGCGUGGACCUGCGGGAAUUGAGGAUUUCGUCUCCAGAUACGGCUUCAAGAGAUCUACCAAAGAAUAUAAGUGGGCAGACCCAAGUCAGUAUUAA